ACUUUGCUGCACACCAACCGCUAACAGUAUUAGAUGAGUAGUUUUUUCCGGGAUAAACGUGGAAGUUAUUGUUUUGUUUACAAAUGGAAUUUUGUAUUAAAACGCGCACGAAUAGCGUUUUAAUUUAGCUUUCUAGCAAGGGGGCUAACGUUAGUAUGAGCGUGAAUGUGAUGCUAUGGUCGCUUUAUGGCUUGGUUGCAGGGGAAAUUUAAAAACGAAAUUGACUUUCAGUCUAAUGGACCAUCCAGUAGAUUUUGUAAUGUGGAAAAUGCUGUACAAUAGUUAGCGUAAUGUUUUUUAUUAUUCAGCUACCAAAGUCAACAGUCGAAGCACGUAAUGGAACUGUGUGUGGAUAUAUGAUACAUUUUUAAUUGUGCACGAUAUAGUUAAAAAACCAGGAAGAUGGUGAUAUCAUAACGUUAUAAUAUCAUAAACACAUCUUGGAUAGAAGAAUGAAUGACAUUGCUGUGCAUCGCGAAAUCAAAAUAAAACGCGUUUCUUCACGUAAAAGAUCAAGGGAUUCCCCGAGAAAUCCUCUCACUCCAGCUAUGAAGAGGGCAACCUCAAAUGAGGAGCAAUGCGCUGGUCUGCAUCGCCAGGAUGGUACAGAGGCGAAAGACAGACCUAUAGCUACAACUGGACUUAAGUUCACUGAGUACUGUAGUGACAAUGAAGAUUUAUUCGGCGACUAUGACAGCAUUGCUGGUGAUACCUCCUUCCUGGCUAAGAUGGAUGACAUGGAGCUGAACCUGGAGGGGCCCUGCUCAGACUGUAGGAGUGAGAGAGACCCUUCUUUUGAAGAGCACACAGAUGUCAAACAGCAACUUGAGCACCCUGAGGCAGACUUCACUGCACUAAAGACAGCAAAAGAGCAAUGUAAUGAAGAUCUAAGAGAUUCUACCUUUGUCUCGAGUUUAAGGGACCAGUCAUUUGCAGAACUUCCAAGCUCCCAGCUUGCAUUUCAGCAGGAGGUUGUGAAAAAAGCUGGACUGGACCAGAGGUGUGCUGCCUCCACACCUGAAGUGAAAAUCAGAGAGAGAUGCGUCACCCCGGAGAGGAAGAAGCCAAGGAGGAGCAUGACGGAGCAGCUGAAGAGAGCCAUGGCUGGGAAUGCAACCACAUCCUCAGCCCUCGUGUCCAGGACCACGGUUCAGAAAGAGGCUGUGGUUACCAAGGAGAUCAGUGUUGCCACACAUGCCAUGGAGUUCAUAUCCAGUGAGACUGAUCUUGGUCCCUUCUUUGGCCUCCCUACCAAAGUAAAGGACCUCAUUUCAAGGCUGCGAGGAAUCCAGGACCUGUAUGAGUGGCAGAAGACGUGCCUGACGCUGGACUCGGUGCAGCAGAGGAGGAACCUGAUCUACUCCCUGCCCACAAGUGGGGGGAAGACCCUGGUGGCGGAAAUCCUGAUUCUCAGAGAGCUGCUGUGCAGGCAUAAAAACGCGCUCCUGAUCCUUCCAUACAUCUCCCUGGUGCAGGAGAAGGUGCGAGGCCUGGCUGCCUUUGGCCUGGAACUGGGCUUCCUGGUGGAAGAAUACGCCGGCAGCAAGGGCAGGUUUCCCCCCGUCAAGAGGAUGAGUAAAAAGUCCUUGUACAUCGCCACAAUCGAAAAGGGCCACAGCCUGGUCAACUCCCUGGUGGAAACUGGACGGCUGGACAGCAUCGGCCUGCUGGUGGUGGACGAGCUGCAUAUGCUGGGUGAGGGGAGCAGAGGGGCAGUCCUGGAAAUGGCUCUGGCAAAAGUUCUAUACGUAAGCAAAGACACACAGAUUAUUGGAAUGAGUGCCACUCUCAGCAAUGUCGAGGACCUGAAGGAAUUCCUGAAAGCAGACGAUUACACCAAUGAGUUCAGACCCGUCCAACUGAAAGAGUAUGUGAAGUUGAGGGAUUCCAUCUAUGAGAUUGACCCGAAGGAAGAACAGUGCUUCAGACUAUUGCGACCUUUAAACUUCAAGUACUCCAGCACCAUGCAGAAGAUGGACCCGGAUCACAUCAUCGCCCUGGUGACAGAGGUGAUCCCGGCACACUCCUGUUUGGUCUUCUGUCCCACCAAGAAGAACUGUGAGAACGUGGCACUGAUGAUCUGCAAGUACCUGAAAAAGGAGUACGUGCAGCACAGAGAGGGGGAGAAGGCGGCUCUGCUGGGGGAGCUGAGGGCCAGUGGGAACGGGUCCCUGUGCCCCGUCCUACAGAAGACCGUCCCGUACGGCCUGGCCUACCACCACAGCGGCCUGACGGGGGACGAGCGGCGGCUGGUGGAGGAGGCCUACAUGGCGGGCACGCUCUGCCUCCUCACCUGCACCUCCACACUGGCGGCCGGGAUCAACCUGCCCGCCCGCCGGGUGAUCCUGCGGUCUCCCUACGUGGCCACAGACUUCCUGAAGAGGAGCCAGUAUAAGCAGAUGGUGGGUCGGGCGGGGCGAGCGGGCAUCGACACAUCAGGGGAGAGCAUCCUGAUUCUACAGGAGAAGGACAAGCUCAUGGCACAAAAGCUGGUGUCCGCACCAAUGGAGAAAUGUUACAGCAACCUCAUGCACAACGACGGCAAAGGCAUUCAGAGCCUGAUCCUGUCACUCAUCGGCCUGAGCAUAACGAAGACGGCGGACGAAGUAGAGCAGUUCAUGUCCGCCACUCUGCUCGGGGUGCAGCAGGCCCACGUCGUCCUGGAGAAGAGUCUCUCGGACAUUACCCAGGAUUCUCUGCGCUUCCUCAUUGAGAAGGGGUUGGUUUCCGCGUCGUCUCCUGAUCCAGGAAAGGGCACUGCUCUAAGCAUCACCAAGCUGGGAAGAGCCACUUACAAAGGCUCGAUUGAUUUGACCUACAGUGACCUGUUGUACAAAGACUUAUCAAAAGGCCUGGAGUGUCUGAUGCUGGACAGUUUUCUUCACCUAGUCUACCUGGUAACACCGUAUGACAUGGUCUCUCAGUGCAAACCUGACUGGAUGAUUUACUUCAGGCAGUUCUCCGUACUGUCUGCCGCAGAGCAGAAGAUGUCUGCCGCUGUAGGCGUGCCCGAGAGCUUCGUGGCUCGCAAGGCAGCUGGUCAAAGUGUGAAAAAGGCAGUGGACACAGUGGCAGUGAACAGGCUUUACCUGGCCAUGGUUCUGUUCUCCCUGCUGAAGGAGACAGACCUGUGGAGUGUGGCUGACAGAUUCCAGCUACCCAGGGGCUUCAUUCAGAACCUUCUUAGCUCUGCCUCUGCAUUCAGCUCCUGCGUCCUGCACUUUACAGAGGAGCUGGAGGAGUUCUGGGCUUACAAGGCGCUCCUAACGGAGUUGACCCGUCGUCUCACCUACUGCGUGCAGCCGGAGCUCAUUCCCCUGAUGGAGGUCGCUGGAGUCCUGGAGAGUAGAGCCAAGCAACUGUACAACUCUGGUUUCAAAACUCUGGCCCAUUUGGCCAAUGCUGACCCCCACGUGCUUGUCCGGAAUAUGCAGAACCUCUCCACAAGACAGGCCAAUCAGAUUGUGGCGUCUGCAAAAGUGAAUGCUGCUGACUGAAAAGGCUGAAGCUCUACAGGAAGAGGCGAAUGAAUUGCUGACUCUUCCUUCAGAUCUCCCUUCAUUAUAAUGACUGCUGUGCAGUAUAUUUAUUAGAAAUUUUAUAUUUCAGGCUUUUUGGUUUUUAUGUAUAUGAAAUGGCUCUCUAGGAGGAGAAGCACUGUAAAACAAAUAAAAUAUUUGGACACCUA